AUGGGUAACCUCUUGAAAUCCGAGCACACGCAUACACCUCCUGAUCGCGUCGAUUUCCUUGCGCCCGUCAACUUCGACGAUUUUCACAAUAGUAUCAUGACAGAGCCAAGUUUGAACCAUUUCCCAAUGCCUGGAAAUGGAGGAUCGAAAGCUGCAAACCAAGCCCCCGGCAUCUUCACGAGAAAUCCAUGGUCCGAGAAUAACGAGCAGAGCCUCUCCAGCCGGUCCCGAAGCAAUUCCAUUCGGAGGAAAAGCGAGGUGUCACGCGUGUCCAAUCCGAGUUCCUCAGCCGAAUCAGUAUCAUCAUCCUCAUGGGCGCCAGCGGCUCAUACCGCCGCGCGAAGUCGUCGUCAGAGUCUGGUUCAAAAUGCUGGUGUCAAUGGCCCGGUGGCGCGGGCACCACGUAAAUCGAUCGGUGCUGGUUCUCUUCCGCCCGUGAUCUCUGCGAGACGACAAAGCAUAUCUGCUCGCAAGGCUAGCGUUGACACGGCUUCUGUCGAUCAAAUGAGCCUUCGACCAUAUACCCAGCACCCCGUUUCCAAUGGGUUGGACAAGACCAGACUUCCGUCCAAUGUCAGAAAUAUGAAGGCUAAAUCGCUUCAGCCGCCUUCGCGGGAUCCCCGUGACAAUCUAUUGCCAACAGCUGGAUUGACGGAUCACUCCCGAUCAUGCUCUACCAACGCGGUGCGGACCCCGAGCAAGAACCCUGCUGGGAGUGCAUUGACGCCCUCUUCGUCCGCCAAACGGGUGUCUGUUAUGCCACCACACGCUACAGGUCUAGGCGCUCGCACUAUAAGCCCUACUGAUGCACACCGUAUGAAACGGAUGUCUAUCGCGCCCCAGGCGCCUCCCCUGCCUUUUACGCCCCCGAUGAAGACAGAUCCCAUGCCUAUCCGCCCACGGUCAUCCGCCCACUCUCCUUCUAGCAUCCCACGGAAAAGUGUGACUCCGUCGUCGACGCGGACUACACCCGAUCCAAAUCGGAAAUCGUACAGUUCCGGCCUGUCUCUUUCGUCCAACACAAGUUACACGUCUACAAGGAACUCUGGUAGCUCUCUACAGUCCAGGCUAUCUCAGAAUCAGUCCUCCUCCCGACUACCCACGCCUAAACCGCGCCCUGAGUACACCGGGGGAAGCCACGAAGAGGUCCCUCCGGUCCCGGCCAUUCCCAAAGCCUAUGAGUCUCCUAAAGGUGAUACCGAGAUCCAGAGCUAUUUUGCUCCACGAAAGUCGAGUCUGCCAGUGGAUACGGGUCUCUUGAAAUCUAAACACAACCAGGAUUCUGACAAUAAAUCAGCGGCAAGCGCCAACGAGGGUAUUACCGCAGAUAAGACUGACGAACGAGGAAUGAAAACCCCAGAGGCCAAGACGCCGGCCAGUUUCGGCAAGAAGAAUCUGUUGCCGUUGAAACUUCCUCCCUUGAAUCUCUUGCCUCUAAGUACCCCUGUCGCCACCAAGAUCCAAGCACUGAAGGAUCGAGAAGACGAUGACCAGUCGUCCACCCCUUCGAAUAAGGUUCUCUCCAAGACGCCUAGCACGCCAAUGACGGCAUCCAAGGCGAACUUUUCUUUCCGCAAUGAUGAUGAUGGCAUGGGAUUCACCCAGGCCCGAAGCAGCACGUCACAUUUCAUGCUCAGCACUUCAUCUGCUGUCCCUUCGAGGACGGCAAGCAGUUCCAGUGCAUUGGCAUCUUUCGACAACAGUACUGGCGGCGCAAGGACCAUUUCCCCAUACAUCUCAUAUACCUUGCCGAAGAGCAGCAGUGAGUUCGGCCAGCUUCGACAGAAAGCCAAUGACAGUGGAGAUUACUCCCCCCGGAUCUCCCAGUCGCACAAAUUGAAUGGGCCUCGACCACAAACACAAUCCUCUGCUUUCUCUUCGAACGCCGAAACCAUCAGCCAGCUGUCAACCCCUUCGGACCCAGAUACCAACAGUGUCUCUGGUUCCUCCCUUCUGAAUAGGAUCGCAUUGACUCGAAAGCGCAGCAAUUCUAAAUCAAAACAUGCGGUGGACGCUGAUCGAGACCCAACGAAACAGAUGCCACCACCCAAACUUCCGGCCUCUGCAACCUGGAACACCUUGUCACCAGUCACAACUUCAAGCCCCACAUUGAAGCCUGCACAUGCCCAAGCGAGGCGCCAGUCUUCUGUUUCCAGUGCAACGGCUUCCACGAUGAGAAAGCCUAGUUUCAGCAGCGAGCAUAGCCUCGCGGCCCUGGAGCCCACUCCUUCCAAUGAUUCAGCUGAAAGUGAUGGUACCUCACACCGAUCAACAUCAUCAAUCCUCUCACCAGUGCACAAAAUCCUAUACUCGGGUCGGUCAAACACAACGGCGAGCUCACGUCACCAGGAAACCAAUGUGGAGUCUGACAUUCUCGUUGCUGACGAGGAGAUGCGCCGACUUGCUAGCAAACGCAAAGGCUUCGAGGUGGCAGCAAGGAAUCUGGAUGAAUUACGUCGCAAAGCCGGUCCAAAAGAGCGCGUGAGUCCCGCACAGGCGCUCCAAAUGGCCAAUCUCAACAUCUUCGAACGCGGGGAGAUCAUUGAUUUCAAGGAUAUCUACUUCUGCGGCACGCAAACUGCCAAGAAGCAUGUCGGUGACCUGAAUGCGCAAUCCGCAAACUUUGGAUACGACGACGAUCGUGGUGACUAUAACAUCGUGAUUGGCGAUCAUCUUGCGUAUCGAUACGAAGUCGUAGAUGUCCUAGGAAAGGGUAGCUUUGGUCAGGUGGUGAGAUGCAUUGACCACAAAAAUGGAGCUCUCGUCGCCGUGAAGAUUAUUCGCAACAAGAAGAGGUUCCAUCAACAGGCACUAAUCGAAGUCAACCUCCUGCAAAAACUCAAAGAAUGGGAUCCACAUCGCCAACACAGCGUGGUGAACUUCACCCAGAGCUUCUACUUCAGAGGGCAUUUGUGCAUCUCGACAGAACUGCUGGGUAUGAAUCUCUACGAAUUCAUCAAGGCUCACGAUUUCAAGGGCUUUCAUCUCAAGCUCAUUCGCCGGUUCACGAAACAGAUCCUAAGUACAUUGACUCUCUUGCACGCCAAGAAGGUCAUCCACUGUGAUCUUAAGCCGGAGAACAUCCUUCUUGUCCACCCUAUGAGUUCAGAGAUUCGGGUCAUUGAUUUCGGAUCCAGCUGUUUUGAGAACGAGAAAGUGUAUACUUAUAUCCAAAGUCGUUUCUACCGCUCUCCGGAGGUUAUCUUGGGCAUGUCCUACGGCAUGCCGAUUGACAUGUGGAGUCUAGGCUGUAUCCUGGCCGAGCUGUACAGCGGCUAUCCCAUCUUUCCGGGAGAGAACGAGCAGGAACAACUCGCCUGUAUUAUGGAGGUCUUUGGCCCUCCUGAGAAACAUCUGAUCGAGAAGAGUACCCGGAAGAAAUUAUUUUUUGAUUCCCUGGGCAAGCCUAGACUCACGGUCUCCUCGAAGGGUAGACGGCGACGACCAAGCUCAAAGGAUCUCCGACAAGUCUUGAAGUGUGACGACGAUCCAUUCCUCGAUUUCAUCUCUCGUUGUCUUCGAUGGGACCCCGCUCGUCGCCUGACCCCUCAUGAUGCACUCAGACACGAAUUCCUCACCGGAAUCAAAUUGACAUCGCGCUCUCGGUCCUAUGCCGCGGCGAACUUAUCAAAUAAGCGCGGAACCACCCUCUCUAACCCUACAGCACGGCCGCUCCCAGAGCCACCCGGCACCAGUGUCAAGGGCGGUUUCAUCCGGAGCCGAGACAUUUCAGGUAGCUCUCCCAUCAAGCAAGUUGGGAUCGGCAAGCGCCACUCCACUGUGAGCGGGCUUCAACCGUCAACUCCUGCCAAACGGGGUACAGCAACCACCAACACCCCUGGAUCAGCACUGCCCCGUGUCGCAGCCAGGAGCAUCAGUGGGAAGCCUGAUCUCGCGACUGCGGCGGCGGCUACGAGUCUCUCUCUAUGGUUCAAUGACCCCAUCACGACCCUGAAGGUUCUUCCGAAUUCACAUGCAUAUCACUUUGUCUUCUGCUUCAUUGCCUGCACAUUGUUUCCAAUUAUCCUCAUCCCCAUGUAA